CUAUUCUCAAUACCCUAUACAUCAUAUUCGCCAGUAACACAGCAGUUCUGUACAUAAUAUAAUCGCAUCAAUCAGAGAUGGCACCUCGUGUAAUUGUUGUCGGCGGUGGUCUAUCCGGCCUGAGUGCUGCGCAUACAAUCUAUCUUGCCGGUGGCAAUGUCGUAGUGCUUGACAAGCAAGGCUUCUUUGGUGGAAACUCUACCAAAGCCACAUCUGGCAUCAACGGUGCCUUGACGCAGACACAAGUUGAGCACAAGAUUCAAGACAGUGUAAAGCAAUUUUAUGAUGAUACUCUCAAGUCCGCACGAGACAAGGCGAGACCCGACCUCAUUAAAGUCUUAACUUACAAAUCCGCCGCCGCCGUCGAAUGGCUACAAGAUGUAUUCAACUUAGAUCUUACUCUAGUUUCCCGGCUUGGUGGUCACUCUCAGCCCAGAACUCACAGAGGCCAUGACGCAAAGUUCCCUGGUAUGGCUAUUACUUAUGCCUUGAUGCAAAGACUAGAAGAGCUCGCCGAGACCGAACCCGAACGAGUCCAAAUAAUCAAGAAGGCCCGCGUGACGAGCUUGAAUAAAGAUGGCAACAAGGUCACUGGUGUUACGUAUGAGUCUAAUGGCGAGAAGGACACUGUCGAAGGCCCAGUCGUUUUGGCUACAGGUGGUUACGCUGCAGACUUUGGCGAGAACUCGCUGCUGCAAAAACACAGACCGGAUACUAUCGGUCUUGCCACCACAAACGGUGUCCACGCUACGGGUGAUGGCCAGAAGAUGGUCAUGGCUAUUGGAGGAAACGGAAUCGAUAUGGACAAGGUUCAGGUUCACCCUACAGGUCUUGUCGACCCCAAGGAUCCUGGAUCGAAGUGGAAGUUCUUGGCUGCCGAGGCCCUUCGUGGUGAGGGUGGUCUCCUGCUUAACGCCGAUGGUGACAGGUUCUGCGAUGAGCUGGGCCACCGAGAUUACGUUUCAGGAAUGAUGUGGAAGGAGAAGGAUAAGGGCAAGUUCCCUAUCCGUCUUAUCCUCAACUCCAAGGCUUCCAACACCUUGGACUUCCACACUCGCCACUACUCUGGUCGUGGUUUGAUGAAGAAGAUGACAGGAAAGCAGCUUGCCAAGGAAAUUGGUUGCUCUCCUGAACACCUUCAGAAGACCUUCACUACUUACAACGCCAUCGCUGAUGGCAAACAGAAGGACCCGUGGGGCAAGAAGUUCUUCCACAACGGACCCUUGGACAUCAAUGAUGACUUCCACGUCUCUUUGAUGGAACCUGUCCUUCACUUUACCAUGGGUGGUAUCGAGAUUAACGACAAGGCUCAGGUCUUGAACCAAGAGCAGAAGCCUUUCGAGGGUCUCUACGCAUGUGGUGAAUUGGCUGGUGGUGUCCACGGUGCCAACCGCCUUGGAGGCUCCUCGCUCUUGGGCUGUGUUGUUUACGGUCGUGUUGCCGGUGACUCGGCAAGCAGCUACUUGUUCCAGCAGGCACUUUCAGGCUCCGCCGGAGCCGCCCAGCGUCUGGGUCAAAUCUCUCUUCAUAUCGACCCAUCCCAGCCGGGUAAGGUUUCCAUCGAGUGGGCAAACGGUGCUAGCUCAUCGGCACCAUCCGCGGGCCAGCACACUAGUGCUGCCGGACCUACCCCCACUGGCGACAGCGGAAAGUCGUCCCAACCGGCCGGCAAGGCUCAAAGCCCGAAGAAAUUCGAGGUGCCUGAGAAGGAGUUUACGAUGGAAGAGGUUGCCAAGCACAACACGAAGGAAGACUUAUGGGUAGUCGUCAAGGGCGUUGUCAUGGAUGUGACAAACUGGCUCGACGAACACCCGGGCGGUCCCCAAGCCAUCAUGAACUUCAUGGGUCGUGAUGCGACGGAAGAGUUUGAAAUGUUGCACGACGACGAAGUUAUCCCCAAGUACGCCCCACAACAGGUGAUAGGGCGUGUCAAGGGACAAGAGGUUACGCUCGAGAUAUAAAGCCUUAGUAAAAUAAGCUUGUAAUGGACGGCGCUUCGGGAUGAAUGGGUUUGCUGUUAUUAGCGAAAAAUAUUCUGCUAUCUUUCUAUAUCUACUAGGUAUAUCUCCCUCUCCCUUGCGCCUCUUUGUAUGAUAUGCAGAGGCGCGGGUGCCCCCAGUUUGGGCGGGCAGCAAUAUCAAGAAGCUGGGAGAGGUGCAUCUUAUUGUGAUAUUAUCGCAGAUGGUCGGUCUUGUAUUGAUAAGUCAAAGCAAAGUAAUUGAUUUUAUUACCUUAGAUGCAAUGAGUUUUUUUAUUAUAAAUGUCAUUAGGACUUAUGUCGCUUUAAUUAUCAUAUUGUCUUCUGUUA